AUGCCGUUAAUUUUAGCCAACGACCUGCAAUGCCGCUGCUCAACAACAAUAAUAAACUAUUUAGCUAAUGUUCAACACCGCAAUGUAAUAGCGAAUCAGCUUGCUCAACGCAGCCAGCUAGAGCAGCUUCUAAAGGUCACACUGGAUGGUCAGCGUCGGGUGGAUACGGUCAACCUUCCUAGCAGCGCAGUUCAGCGAAACCAAACUCGUACUUUACAGCGCCGAUGCGAAAUCUGUGGCCGCGAAUCGCUUGGUAGCAUCCAUUUCGGUGGCGAAUCCUGUGAAGCUUGCUGCGCAUUCUUCCGCCGAACGGUGGUGUUGGGCAAGGCGUACGUAUGCCUGCGGGGCGAGGAUGGCCUCCCGGACCACGGUAAGAAUUUUGUUUAUCAAAAGCAGCAGAAGAGGACACGUCAGAAAAAUCUACCUAGU